AUGGAUGUGCCACUAUCAUCUCUAAUUAAAUUUCGCGUAAAUGAAGAGCUAAAAAACAGCAGCAAUAUUAGUGAUAGAUUAUUAUAUAUAGUUUGGAAUAAUAUAUUUUUAAGAAAUGAAAUUCAUAAGCAUAUUUUAAAGUUUAUUGAACAUAGUGAUGUAGAUCUUGAUAAAUCCCGUUAUGACCAGUUUAAAAAUAAAUCAUAUAUAACAACACUUAAGUGGAGUGGUGAUCCAUUACCAGAUAAAAAUGAAUUUCCACCAUUUUUAACAAAUUUAUAUUUGUACAGUUUUUCUAAAAUGUUACCUCCAACUUUACCAAAUACAAUAACUUCACUCACAUUCGGUAAUGAUUUUAACCAAGUAGUUCAACCUGGCUCAUUGCCAAAUAGUCUCACAACACUCAAAUUCGGUUAUGAAUUUAACCAAGUAGUUCUACCCGACUCAUUACCAAAUAAUCUCACAAAACUCACAUUCGGAGAUGGUUUUAAUCAAUUAUUUCCACACGGCACAUUACCAAAUAGUCUCACAACACUCACAUUCGGUGAUUAUUUUAACCAAGUAGCUACACCCGGCACAUUACCAAAUAGUCUCACAACACUCACAUUCGGGGAUGAUUUUAACCAAGUAGCUACACCCGGCACAUUACCAAAUAGUCUCACAACACUCACAUUCGGUUAUUAUUUUAACCAAGUAAUUCUACACAACAUAUUACCAAAUAGUCUCACAACACUCACAUUCGGUGAUGAUUAUAACCAAGUAGUUCUACCCAGCACAUUACCAAAUAGUCUCACAACACUCACAUUCGGUGAUGAUUAUAACCAAGUAGUUCAACCCGGCACAUUACCAAAUAGUCUCACAACACUCACAUUCGGUUAUUAUUUUAACCAAGUAAUUCUACACAACAUAUUACCAAAUAGUCUCACAACACUCACAUUCGGUGAUGAUUAUAACCAAGUAAUUCAACCCGGCACAUUACCAAAUAGUCUCACAACACUCACAUUCGGUCGUUUUUUUAACCAAGUAGUUCAACCCGGCACAUUACCAAAUAGUCUUACAACACUCACAUUCGGUGAUGAUUUUAACCAAGUAGUUCAACCCGGCACAUUACCAAAUAGUCUCAAAACACUCACAUUCGGUGAUGAUUUUAACCAAGUAGUUCAACCCGGCACAUUACCAAAUAGUCUCAUAUCACUCACAUUCGGUGAUGAUUUUAACCUAGCAGUUCCACCCGGCACAUUACCAAAUAGUCUCAUAUCACUCACAUUCGGUAAUGAUUUUGACCAAGUAGUUCCACCCGGCACAUUACCAAAUAGUCUCACAACACUCACAUUCGGUCAUCGUUUUAACCAAGUAGUUCCACCCGACACAUUACCAAAUAGUCUUACAACACUCAAAUUCACCUCAUAUUUUAACCAAGAAGUUCUACCCGGCACACUACCGAACAGUCUCACAACACUCACAUUCAGUUAUUAUUUUAAUCAAGUAAUUCUACCCGAUACAUUAUCAAAUAGUCUCACAAAACUCACAUUCGGUGAUGAUUUUAACCAAGCAAUUCAACCCGACACAUUACCAAAUAGUCUUACAACACUCAAAUUCGGUGAUGGUUUUAACCAAGUAGUUCUACCUGGCACAUUACCAAAUAGUCUCACAACACUUACAUUCGGUAAUUAUUUUAACCAAGUAUUUCAACCCGGCACAUUACCAAAUAGUCUUACAAAACUCAAAUUCGAUAAUAAUUUUGACCAAGUAAUUCAACCCGGCACAUUAUCAAAUAGUCUCACAACACUCACAUUCGGUCGUUUUUUUAACCAAGUAGUUCCACCAGGCACAUUACCAAAUAGUCUCACAACACUCAAAUUUGGUUAUCAUUUUAACCAAGUAGUUCUACCUGGCACAUUACCAAAUAAUCUCACAACAAUCAAAUUCGGUGAUAAAUUUAACCAAGUAGUUCUACCCGACAUAUUACCAAAUAGUCUCACGACACUCAAAUUCGGUCGUGAUUUUAACCAAUUAGUUCAAUCAAGCACAUUACCAAAUAGUCUCACAACACUCAAAUUCGGUGAUUAUUUUAACCAAUUAUUUCCACCAGGCACGUUACCAAAUAGUCUCACAACACUCAAAUUCGGUGAUGAUUUUAACCAAGAAACUCUACUUGAUACAUUACCAAAUAGUCUCACAACACUCACAUUCGGUCAUCGUUUUAACCAAGUAGUUCCACCCGAUACAUUACCAAAUAGUCUCACAACACUCAAAUUCGGUGAUGGUUUUAACCAAGUAAUUCUACCUGGCACAUUACCAAAUAGUCUCACAACUCUCAAAUUGGGUGAUGAUUUUAAGCAAGUAGUUCUACCCGGCACAUUACCAAAUAGUAUUACAACACUUAAAUUCGGUGAUAAAUUAAACUAA